UCACCUUGUAACGAUGUGUCUCUCUUUCUUCUCCCCACAGAGGAAGAUGAGGAAGAUGAAGAGGAUGCCUGCUUCGCACCGCCAGUGCUGAGAGGAAGAAGGGAACGAAGGAGGGAAGGAGGUAACGUGGAGAGACGAAAGGAGAGAAGUGAAGGGGAGGGGGGAGAGAGGAGAGAAAGGGGGGCUGGUAGAUGUAGCUCUAGCUGUGGGCCGGGGGGAGAGCUACCUAGCCCGGGCUGCUCUGCCGAAACAUCCAUGGGUGGCUGUGUCGGGAGCCACCACGACUCCUCGGGCAGCUUAAACGAGAACUCGGACGGCACUGGAGUGGCUCUAGGGCGUAACCAGCCCCUGAAGAGAGAGCGGCCUAAAUGGAAAAGUGACUACCCGAUGACUGAAGGCCAGCUGCGCAGCAAGAGAGAUGAGUUCUGGGAUACGGCGCCAGCAUUCGAGGGCCGGAAAGAGAUCUGGGAUGCUCUGCGGGCCGCGGCCAGCGCCUUUGAAAGCAGCGACCACCUGCUGGCUCAGGCCAUCCUCGACGGGGCCAGCAUCACACUGCCUCAUGGAGCUCUGACUGAGUGUUACGAUGAGCUGGGGAACCGGUACCAGCUGCCGGUCUACUGCCUCUCUCCUCCCGUCAACAUGAUUGAGGAGCGCUCCGACGAACCUGAUGGAUCGGACCCCGACUCCGGGGCCGCGGACCCCUCCACGGGCAGCGCCAGCGAGGCCGGAUCAGGGGGAGAGUGCCUGCUUCGGCUCCGGCUCUCCACGGGUCGCGACCUGCGGCUGGUGGUCCGCUCCACGGACACAGUGGGCAUGAUGAAGCGCCGUCUCCUAAACCAGGAGGGCGUUCCCGCUGCGACCCAACGCUGGUUCUUCUCCGGCCGGCCGCUGACGGACAGGCUGCGCUUGGACCAGCUCAACAUCUCCAGGGACUACGUGGUGCAGGUCAUCCUCAGCCAGCCGCCGCAGCCCGAGCCGCUGUUAACACCAGGACACACACCAGGACAAACACCAGGACACACACCAGAGGCCUCUGGGCCAGCGGGGGAGGAAGGAGCCGAACUGCCGCAAGAGCCCACGCCAGUGGAAAAUUAACUCGUCCCAACAUGGCUUCCUGGAACGGGCUGGGAGUAUAAAACAAGGGAGAAACAAAUAAUGAAAGUUGAUUCAGAUGUUUCUCUUUUGAUUUUCUCUUCUCUUCUCUUAUCCUCUCUUCUCUUAUCCUCUCUUCUGUUUUUGGGCAGAGGUUGGCUGUCUGCCAGAGCUAAAGGACUCUUUAAUUGAGAAAAGACUCUUCCUUUUUCGUUUUCCAUGUUGAAAUGUUGACCUUUUUGAAGUCUUUUGAACUGUUCCUAUGGAAACUGAACAACAACAGAAAGAGAACCCUAUCAGAUGGCGUAAAGGGUUUUCUUAGCGACACUGAUGAUUUCCGAGAUGUUUCUGUGUUUCAGUAUCCAUUCAGGUUCUGCUCUCUGGCAAAGCAAACGGCUCCGGGUCAGCAGAACUCUGUUUAUGAGGCUACAGGGUUAUACAUCCAACAAUCAGAAAACA